AUGAAGCACUUGACGCAAGCACCAUUCGUUGCUGAUCUCACACUUCAUCUCAACGCGAUUCUUGUUGGUAUCUACGCUGUAACGGUCGUCGUCAAAGUGGCCUUACUGAUCAAGCAUUUCUGCCAUCUACAUGUUCCCGCCAAAUACAUUACUAUGGUAACCACA